AUGGGAAGCAAGAUCACAGAAACAUGGCUCACAAAAACAUUCUUGACUUCGAUCUUCCUAGGACUCGGCGGUUUUCUCUACGGCUUUGACUCGGGUAUCAUCACUCCAAGUCUCGCUCUGAACUCAUUUCUGGAAUACUUCGGGAAUCCCGAUGCACCUAUCCGAGGAGCUAUUGUGUCAGUCUACCAGGCAGGUGCAUGGCUGGGAAGUGCUUCUGUCGGUAUAACCAGUGACAGAAUUGGAAGACGGAAAGCGAUUGCGUUUGGAUGCGUUUUUGGGGUCCUCGGGGGUGCGCUGAUGACCGGUGCGGCACAUGUUGCUAUGCUCAUCAUCGGUCGCAUACUUGUUGGAUAUGCCGUUGGCACAAUCACCGGGGUUGCGCCGGUGUUUGGAGCGGAGAUUGCAAAGGUGCUGUGUGCUUGGGGCUUCUUUGUCGCGCUUUGGACAGGAGUAGGGGAAGGCAAGUGGCAUAACCCCAACCAGUGGAGGCUCGGUUUCGCUGUCCAGAGCAUCCCUGCUCUCGCCCUUGGGGUUGGAGUCCUUUUCAUCAAAGAGUCGCCAAGAUGGCUUUGCCUGAAAAGCCGUCAUGCAGAAGCCGAGAAAGCCUUUCGCAGCUAUCACCAUAACGGCUCCAACGAUGAGUGGUGCAGAGAGGAGUUCAGGCAUUUACAAGCCAAUAUUGCAAUCGAGCUGCAAGCUCGAGGCUGUCUUUCCUGGGCAGAGCUCCUCAAGGCGCCGGCCUUCAGGAAACGUCUUUUUGUCGGAUCCUUUGUGUGGGCGGCUGCGAUGUUGAGCGGCAUCAGCUUUAUCCAAUAUUUCCAACCAGCCAUCUAUGCAACACUGCAGUAUAACCAGGACCAGCAGCUUCUCAUCAGCGGGCUGUAUGGAUCGGUGGCUCCGGUGACGUGCCUGGUGUCUCUGCUCUUUGUGGACCGUAUCGGUCGAAAGAAGAUUCUGGUUUUCAGCGCUUCGCUGUUGUCACUCUGUUACCUGAUCAUCACGAUCAUUGCUGCCGUUUUUCCGGCUCGGCCGGGGUUUCCAACAAAUGAGGCAGCUCAACGCGGGCUCAUUGCCUGUGUCUUUGUUGUAUCGGCCAACUACUCGGCUCUUCUGGGCCCGAUGACUUGGAUAAUUCCGCCCGAGGUCUUCACCACCGAGUUGAGAGGCAAGGCAAAUGCCGUUAUCCAAAUCCUGCAAUAUUCCAUCAGCUUGGUUAUAACCCAAUGUUCGCCCAUUGCGUUGGCGGCAAUUUUUUUUGUCCUAACCAACGCGCUGUGUGCGAUUGUGUUUGCACUUGUGUAUCCGGAAACAAGAGGGAAAUCGCUUGAAGACAUGAGCGAGAUCUUCGGCGAUAUCAAGCGAAGGACGGAACCAGAGCUUGACGAAGUCCAUUCAAGUCCCUCGGGCAAGAAAGACAGCGAAAUCAGCGAGUAUGCCAUCGAGAAGACGGAGUCGAAGUAUCACCGAGACCGAAGAUCGGAUAUCUUUAGGGUGUGA